AUGAAUACGCUACUGUGGGCUCUGACGCUGCUGGCAGAUGGCCAGGAGCCGCUGCCCAGCCAGCCCGUCAAGUUCAACGUCAAAGACUUUGGGGCCAAGGGCGACGGCGUGGCGCGGGACACGCAGGCGUUGCAGGCGGCGGUGGCUGCUGCCAACGCCGACCCAGAGGGCGGCGUGGUCUACCUGCCUGCGGGCACCUACCUGCUGGACAGCACGCUCGUGGUGGAGCGGGCAAAUGUGGUGCUGCGAGGCGACGGGGCAAACGCCACCACCAUCUAUAUCCCCAACUCCCUCAGCGACGUGUUUACUGGCACCUGGGUCAACGUCAGCGGCAAGGUGAAGAGCUCCUGGGACUCGUCCGGUGGCUUCAUCACCUUCAAGGGCAGGAAGCAGACCAGCCUGUUGGUGGGCCCCUUGCUGGCCAACAUUGCGGGCAAUGUGGAGCCCGGCGACUUCCGCCUGCCGGUCGACUCCACCGCCAAGUUCCAAGCGGGACAGCCGGUGCGCAUCUGGGUGAACGACGAGUCCACAACGGGUGUCAGCAGCGGCACCGACAAGGCGCCGGCGGCGGGGUUGCCUGGCGAGGCAGCAGGCGGCGACGAGGGCCUGCCAGUGCCAGACUGGGUGAAGCAGGAUCCGACAUACCAGGCGGCGCUGGCCGCGGGCCAAGGCAUGGAGGAGCCCGAGGACGGCUCGGAUGGCGGCGGGGGCAGCAGAGAUGGCGGGGGCGAGGCCGGCGGCGGCGGCAAGGUGUAUGGCGAUAACAUGGCAGACAGUGGCCCGGACAGCGGGAUCCUUUCCAGGGACCAAAUCGCCUUCACCGCCAGGGUGGCCGCCAUCGGCGAGGGCUGGGUGGAACUAGACCGGCCCAUGUCCUUUGCAGUGCGGGAGUGGUGGAAGGGGGUGGUGCACGUGGAGCAGCCCAGCCUGCAGGAUGCUGGCAUGGAGAAGCUGACGAUUCGCUUCAAGCACUCGAUGUUUGGCGACCACUUCAGCGACCGAGGCUACAACGCGAUCCAGGCGGUGUCCGGGGUCAACCUGUUUUUCAGCGAGAUAAAUAUAAUCAAUUGCGACAACGGCAUCAACCUCUUCUUUGUGGAUCACUCCACGGUCCAGGACGUUACGAUCGACGUAACAUCGCCUCGCUGGGGGCGAGACCGGGCCAAGGAUGCCUUCAACGGGCACCACCCCAUCACCGUAACGAUGGGGCACUCCAAUCUCAUCACCAGGUUCUCCAUCAAUGCCAAGUGGAUCCACGACCUGUCAGUCGCCUACGGCGCCUCCCUCAACGCCUUCACCGCCGGGCGGGGGCUGGACCUAAACGUCGACCACCACAGGGCGGGCCCCUGGGCCAACCUGUUCACUAACAUCAACGUCGGCUGCGGCAGCAGGCCCUUCUUCUCGUCAGGGCGCCAGGGCAAGGGCGCGCAUGACGGGAAGCCCUCCCGCCGGCCCCUGGAGCUGCCCGGCUGCGACCUGGGGCCCCUGCUCAACUUUGUGGGCGCCUUUGUCAAGCCCAACUGCCGCACCAAGAUGAAGUGGCUGGUGGAGGCGCUGAACGCCAGCAGCCCGGCCGACCUGCACCGUGCGCAAGUGGCGGCGCGGCGGGCAGCCAGCGUGCGGUAA